UUGCAGAGGUCUUGACCAAAAACACUGCAGCGGAAAGAAGCAGAGCACUGUCAAAUUUGUUCGAUCAGCUCGGUCUGAGGAUUCUAUCAUUACGUUUCAUCUUUUAUCCAAUCAAUGGAUCUCAGUUCGUUGAGUCCUGAACAACUAACUGUGAUGGGGUCUGCAUUUUGUGUGAUGGCCUCCAUGCAUUUCACAGUGCAGCUAUUAUCGCAACAUCUCUUCUACUGGAAGAACCCUAAAGAGCAAAAGGCCAUCAUAAUUAUUAUCCUUAUGGCUCCCAUAUAUGCAGUUGACUCAUUUGUGGGCCUCUUGGAUGUCCAGGGAAGCAAAGUAUUUUUUCUGUUCUUGGACUCAGUGAAAGAAUGCUAUGAAGCGCUGGUGAUUGCUAAAUUUAUGGCAUUGAUGUAUAGUUACUUGAACAUAUCAAUGAGCAGAAACAUUGUGCCUGAUGAGAUUAAAGGGAGGGAAAUGCACCACUCAUUCCCAAUGACAAUUUUUCAGCCUCGCACUGUUCGGCUGAACCACAACACGCUGAAGCUUCUGAAAUACUGGACAUGGCAGUUUGUUGUCAUCCGCCCAGUUUGUUCCAUAUUGAUGAUAACAUUACAACUACUUGGGUUUUACCCAAGCUGGUUGAGUUGGACAUUCACCAUCAUUCUCAACAUUUCUGUUUCAUUGGCCUUGUAUUCUCUGGUCAUCUUUUACCAUGUGUUUGCAAAGGAACUGGAACCACACAAGCCACUUGCAAAAUUCUUGUGCAUCAAAGGGAUUGUUUUCUUCAGCUUUUGGCAGGGAGUUGUGCUGGAGAUUUUGGUGGCUCUAGGGGUUAUUCGAUCUCAUCAUUUCUGGUUAGAUGUGGAGCACCUUGAAGAGGCAAUUCAGAAUGUCUUGAUAUGUUUAGAGAUGGUUGUCUUUUCUGUUCUUCAGCAGUAUGCAUACCAUGUUUCACCAUACAGUGGAGAAGUAGAAUCAAAGUAUAAACUAAAGAAAAACGAGUGAUACAGUAUGUUCAAAGAAAAAUAAAAGAGCUCUGAGAAUAGUAAUGAAAACUGAAUGUGUUCUUUCUGCAUUUUCACUGGGGGACCUCAUCUUAUAUGCUAGCUCUUUCCUUUUCUUUUCUUUUUUUUUUUUCCGCCGGUAAUAUGAGCUCUUUGCUCUCUACCAUGUGGAAUUAGAGGGAUGUUUUGGAUAAGAUAUGUAAAUGGUUUGAGCUUGUAUCAGUUAUGAAUUUAAGAUAUUAUGUAGCAGAGUUUGAGAAUUCAUUUUCGUAGAAGUUAAGAUUUGGAUAAUUUGGUGUUAGUGGCUUUCAAACCAUCAAUAUUUGAAUAUUGAAAUUAGCUCUUUUUUGUGGUGGUAAAGACGAUUAUUAGUCUAAUAUCUUUUGGUA